UAUUUUUUGUAGAUAAAAAGAUCUAGAAAAAAAAAGAAGAAAAUGGAAAAUAGGUUACAAAAUUAAACUAUUAUAUAACUCUUCUUAAACCCCGUCUCUUUCUCUCUCCUUAAGGAGUCCUUCUCUCUCUCUCUCUCCCUCUCUCUCCCUCUAGAGAGUUUUGCAGAUUCUCUAGAAUUCCUACUUCCCAAAAAAAAAAAAAAAUCCCGCAAAGAGCAUCCAAAAAAAAAAAAAAUCGCAUUCGUUUCAUUUCUAUUACGAAAGGUCAAGAAAAAAAAUAUAUAUAUAUAUUUAUAUAUUAUAUAUAGAAAAACCGACCUUGAAAAGAAUGGGCAGUCUACCGGGUUAUUGUUGCUGAAGUCUCGAGUGUGUGUAAUUGCGAGAGAAACAAUUUCACCGGAGGUGUUAUAACAUAGCUCUAAUGGCUAAAGAUAUAUCUGCUGAAUCGCUUGAGAGAAGGACGGGCCUGUUAAAAGAUCAAGUCCGAUUGGUCAAGCGAAAAGAUUCAAGUCGUUAUGAGAUUAUCCCCAUUCAAGAUCCUCUAUCAUUUGAGAAGGGUUUCUUUAUAGUUAUCCGAGCAUGCCAAUUAUUGGCUCAAAACAACGAUGGGAUAAUACUGGUAGGGUUGGCAGGUCCUUCUGGAGCUGGGAAAACUGUAUUUACAGAAAAGAUACUCAACUUUAUGCCCAGCAUUGCUGUCAUUUCAAUGGACAACUACAACGACGCUAGUCGGAUCGUUGAUGGAAACUUUGAUGAUCCACGUUUGACAGACUAUGACACAUUGCUUCAGAAUGUCCAUGAUCUAAAAGCGGGAAAACCGGUCGAGGUCCCGAUAUAUGAUUUCAAGACUAGCUCCCGCAUAGGAUACAGGACAGUUGAAGUCCCUAGCUCCCGAAUUGUGAUCAUCGAGGGCAUUUACGCUUUGAGCGAAAAAUUGCGGCCUCUGCUGGACCUUCGAGUGUCAGUCACAGGAGGGGUUCACUUUGACCUUGUCAAAAGGGUUAUAAGGGAUAUACAACGAGCUGGCCAAGAACCACAAGAAAUAAUUCACCAAAUAUCUGAGACGGUAUAUCCAAUGUACAAGGCCUUUAUUGAACCAGAUCUUGAAACAGCACAUAUAAAAAUUACCAAUAAGUUCAAUCCGUUUACUGGAUUUCAGAGUCCGACUUAUAUAUUAAAGUCAGCGAGGAAGGUGACAGUAGAUCAAAUCAAGACUGUUUUCCUUUCUGAAGAUUACGUUGAAUCAAUGGAAGAGACUUAUGAUAUAUACCUUUUACCACCUGGGGAAGACCCCGAAUCUUGUCAAUCGUAUUUGAGGAUGCGGAAUAAAGAUGGAAAAUAUAGUCUCAUGUUUGAGGAAUGGGUGACGGACAAUCCUUUUGUCAUAUCGCCAAGAAUAACUUUUGAGGUCAGUGUUCGGCUUCUCGGUGGGCUAAUGGCCUUGGGUUACACAAUUGCAACUAUCCUCAAAAGAAGCAGCCAUGUAUUUUCCACUGAUAGAGUAUGCGUAAAAAUCGAUUGGCUGGAACAACUUAAUCGACAGUAUGUUCAGGUGCAAGGAAGAGAUAGAUUAGCCGUAAGAUGCAUCGCUGAGAAGCUUGGUUUGGAAGGUUCAUACACUCCUCGGACCUACAUUGAGCAAAUUCAAUUGGAAAAGCUUGUCAAUGAAGUCAUGGCCUUGCCAGAUGAUUUGAAGACAAAGCUCAGCCUAGACGAAGAUCUGGUUUCUAGCCCCAAAGAAGCACUUUCGAGGGCCUCUGCAGAUAGAAUUGCCAUGAGACAUAAGCAUCUGAAGAGUGGCAUGUCCCAGUCAUAUACCACACAAAGGGACAAGAAUAUUUCCAAGCUUACUGGAUAUGCUACUAACGGUCAAAGGUUUGAGGAGAGAAAUUCAGAAGCAAAUGCAAUACUAGCAAACCAGCUGUCAGAACAAAUUUCCUCGCUGAAUGAUAGAAUGGACGAGUUCACAAAUCACAUCGAAGAGCUGAAUUCCAAGUUGAGUCAAAAGAAGAGUUCUGCUAGCCAACAAAACAUAGCUUUUCAAGCUGAAUUGUGCAAUGGCUAUGAUCCAACCUCGUACUUCAUGUCUAGAGUAGGCAAUGGCUCAGUAAUGCCGAAUUCUUCAUCUUCUUCGCAGCUGGCUAAGGAGUCUCCCGUUCUGGAUGAGAUAUCAAGCAUCGCUCGGGGACAGAGGCAAAUCAUGCAUCAGUUAGACAGUAUCAACAAUCUUCUCCGCGACAACUUGGGAGAGAAAAAGUCUCACCAAGUGAAGACUAGAAGGAGAAACAUAACGUCUGAUUACGAUCCCAUCACAGUUCCUCUCGUUUUAACACUUGCAGUUGGGGGUCUAGGACUCUUCUUAGUCAAAGGGUUCUUAUACCGAAACUAAUUUUUUUUUACUAAAUUUUCUUUUUAUCAUCAUUCAAACUCAAAGCUAACUGCUACAAAAAUAUUUAUUUUUAGGAUAUUUUCCUUCUUGUGUCCCACUAAGAUCUUGCAGGUGCCAAUCCUUCUGCUCGGGAAAAAAAAAAAAAAGAAAAAGACAUUUUUUGAGAGAUGCUGAAAGGAUACAUACAUAUGUACUAGCUUUCAAGUUUCGAAGUGUCUCUUUGAGGGUUUGUGAAAAGAAGGGUUUCUUAGCAAAUUUUGAAACUUUUGUGGGACUAAUUUAUUUGUUAUUUUGAUAUUUUGUUUAUUUUCUAUAGCUUUUAUGAACAAUGCUUUAUUCUGCCCAUUUUUUUCUUCUCCAAACUUUGAAGACCGUUGAGAAAUUGGAGCUCUAAUAGCUGAGAAAUUGGGGACUUUGUU